AUGCAGAAAGAAAUAAAAGAUGUUGGACCCUCAGUAGAUUCAGACGAUAUAGAACAAAGGAUUGCCGCUCGACGCAUAAGAAUACAAAACAGGUUGGAGCGCUUAAGAGGCGACGUUCACUCUAAUGAAACUAAGUCAAGCAAAAAAGAGAUUGGGUUGGGGAGAUCUCAGAUCGUUCUGAGUAGUAAAAGGAUAUCCAAACUUAUUAGUGAUGGAGACGCUUUUAUAACUAACAUUCGGGUUGCAUGUGAUGCACGUGAAUACUUCAAAAGAACUGAGGACCAUGAACUUAAUCAUAACAGAAUUCGCGUUUUGGAAGAAGAAGCAACGAGAAGCCUAGAAGUAUUCAAUAAAAUAACAGAACAAUGGGAAAAGGCCCAGGAAAGUGAAUUAUUAGAUGAAACAAAAGAGAUGUUAGACAAACAAAACACGUUGUGCAAAGACCUUAUAGCUGAGAAAAAUAAGCUGAUUAAUGAACUGAAUUUAGAAAUUAAAGCUAAAGAUGAUCAUUAUGUAAGAGAAUUAAAGAAACGCACAGAUGAUAUUGAUUUAUUAGCCGAACGAAUGGAAUCACAAAUUAAAGCUAUUCAAAGAACCUAUCGGGAAGAACUAAUUGCCAUUGAAAAUGCAUUUUUAGAUCAAAGAGAAAAAUUAACUAGUGAACAAAAUGCUGAAUGGGGAAUGUUGAUGAAUGAAAUCAAACAGAAACAAACUAAUUAUUUAAAACAACGUGAAGAUCAGGCUAUUGAAUAUGAGAAAGAACUUUAUGAUCUGCGCACUAAAUAUUCAGAAGAGUACAAUGCACUGAAAAUAUCAUUGGGCGCUGAAGUCGAGACAUUUGAAAGUCAUUUACAAAAAUUAAAAUCUACAUAUCAAUUGAAUUUAGAAAAAUUAGAUUAUAAUUAUCAAGUUUUAAAACGACGUGAUGAAGAGAAUACAGUGCUUAAAUCAAAUCAAAAGAGAAGAAUUACACGUCUACAAGAUACAUUGAAUAAUUUACGUAUAAAAUCAAAUAAACAAGAACAACAAUACAAAGUAGAAAAUGAACAGUUAUCUGAAGAUUAUAAAAGAAGAAUGGAAAAUUAUAGUGAUUUACAAAAGAAAUCAAAAUUGUUAAUAGAAAAGAAUUUGAAACAAUUAGGUAAUCGUCUUUUGGAAGCACAUCGAAUUAUUACUGAACAACAACUUGGCUUAACAUGGAAUCCACCAGAUAUAUCAUUCAUGGAAAAUGUAGGUCCAGUGAAACAGAUCACCAGUAUACCUCCAGCUAUAAUUGCAAUGGAAUUAGCCUUACAAUCUGACAAGAAAAGUUUCAUCAAAACUGUACAAGAAUUUUUGCACUUACUGUGUUAUGAGCCUGAAUUUUUAAUUGAUGAAAACAUAAAACGUUUGUUAGAACCGUUAGGAUAUGAAGAAGGGUUACUUCUACGUCUAGAUACAAUACUAACGGUUUUAGGUGUACAAACAGAAGAAGAUUUAAAUAUGUUAUUUACAUAUUUUGUCGAACAACAAAAAGAUAAUAAAUCUCAGCUUAAACGUGUACCUUCAACAACCAUUGAAGAAUCAAGUGAAUCUGUUCAAAAAUCUCCAUCGAAAUAUACCAGCUCACAAAGUUUACAAGAAUCAUCUGAUAAAAUGAAUGAAACUGUUAAUAAAGUUCAAUCAACUGUUAAUGGAAAAUGUUCAAUAAAGAUUGAUCAUUCAGAUGAUGAAAUAAAAGCUGAUGAAUCAUCCAUAUCUCAUGAAAUUCAAACAUCUUCAUUAAAAUGGAAUUUAAUUUCACCGGUACAUGUGAUUGAUGCAAUAUAUCAAUAUACUGAAGAUAUGCAUAGAUGUAAACAUUCAGAGGAUAAAAAUAACGUCGAUAAUCAUAAUGAUGGUGGUAGUGGUGGUGAUGAUGAUAAUAAUAAGAACAAUAAAAGUACAAAAUCUACAGAAACUUGUAUUCAAUUAAAUCAUAAAUUCAAAAAUAAUUUACCAUUAAUUACAAUGAAAAAUUUAUCAUCAUUAAAUAAUAUUGAAAUCAAUAAAAAAUCAUUUAAUUUUAAUAAAAUUAAUACAUUUAAUGAUUAUAGAAUUCGUAAUGAUUCAAAUGAUUUAAUCUAUUGGAAUAAAUAUAAACAGAACAUAGUCACUGAAGAAUGGGAAGAUAUAUGGAAUAAUUUAUAUCUAGCUUUAGAAAAAUAUUACAAUGUACUGAAACAUCGAGCCAAAUUAAUACAUGAUACAGAUGGUUUAAGAAAACAAAAUGCUGAACUACGACAUUUAUUACAACAAUAUAUGAAUUCCAAGGUUAAUUAUGAAUUACAAAUUCCACCAUCAAAAAUUAUGUCAUUUAUUUGA